AUGGAUGGCGCGUCAAAAGAUCCGGGGAUGGACGCGGAGGCUAUCCAGAACCAAAUAGACCUUUCUUUAUCUCUUACCUUCGGCCUUGUGGCGUCGUGGUCAGGCUCAACGAAACCAAGGCUAGCUAGUGCACCAGAUACUGACGACAUAAUGCAAUGGAUGAAUCGUCCAUCUAGGCUUGGGGUUGGAGCACCCAUUCCUGAUACGUCUGCUUCGGUUGACUCUUCAGUUAAGGAGAUGACUGCUCUCAAACGCAGAUUGCUCUCCGGUCCAAAGAAGAGGGCGGAUGAUGGCGUUGUGCCAAGACAUCAAUUAAGAAAGUCCGAUGAUGAAGAUGAUGAGGAUAGUCGUGCCUCCCACAUGGACGCAUCAAGAAAAAGGGCUCCUCCAACUGAUCUUUUCGGUGGUAAAGCAAAAAGGAAGAGACCACAACGAAGCUUUGGUCCAAUGGCCUACUGUACUGCAUCCGCCUCAUUCCAAUCCACCGACAUGACGGGAACAAGCGGCAGCGAAUUAGUCGAGCGUUCGGAUCCACUCCCGUCUUUAACCCUCGAAAACAGGCAGGAUUCCUCAUCAACAAUAACUAGCGGAACCUCUGUGGCAACAUCAGAGUCGUCCCAAUUGGCUUCGGAGGAUACUCCCAGGCUUGAUGUUGCAUUCGAAGAGCCCAAGGUCGCUGACAGCGGCGUGCAUGGCUUCUCAGACGUCGAUCCUCUUCAUAGGAAAGAUGCCCAAUUGCCCGCAACGCGUAUCGUCAAACACGAUCGCAAAUCAAAAAAAUCCAAGCGAAAGCGGGAUCGUAAGAAAAUCAAGCGGAAACGAGUUGAAGGCGCAUCCACAUGA